GAAUGGAAUCAGGUUGAUUAUCGAAUGAAAGUGAACGUCGGAACGUAGAACAAUGGAGGAACGAUCUCCGAUCGACCGAAUAUCAUCCCUCCCCGACGAAAUCAUCCACAAGAUCCUUUACCGUCUAGACGCUGCAAAACAAGCGGCGAGGACCAGCGCGCUCUCCCGGAGAUGGCUCCAUCUCUGGCGAACUUACCCGGUGGUGGAGUUUCACGGCGAGGAGUUCAACCUCUCCUUCUCCUUCCAACGCUACAAAAAAAUCGCCGACUUAUUAGCGGCCCUGGCCUCGAGGCUUUCUCUCUACUACGAGAAUAAGAGGACGCCUCUGGAAUCGUUCAGGUUAUCGUUGCUAACGAUGACCGAUCACACUCGCGGUGAAGACUUAGCCGUGGUGCUGAGGUCGGCGCUGGACCGCGCCGAUUACGGAUCGCCGCUCGAGGUCGUGAUCAGAACCGAACGCGCCCAAAUUUUGCCCAAGGGAUCGUUCUCCAAUUUCAGCCGCACGAAAGUUCUCGAGCUCGUCGGCUGUUGCUUGGAUGGAUUGGGGAAGGUUUCUCUGCAGGGUCUCCAGGUUCUUCAUCUCGUAAACGUCACGCUCAGGGAACAAUGGCUCUACGGUUUCGUGGGUAAUGCUCCUAAUCUCGAGUCUUUGAGCCUGCAAAUGUGUGGUGGAAUUGGGAGGCUGGAGGUCUCCGCUAGAGAUUUCCCCAAAUUGAAAACCCUAGACAUUCGAACAGGGGAGUCUGAUUCCGGGACUGAACUGCAGCUUACUACAGCUCCUUUCCUGGAGAGUUUGGUCUUUCACGAGUCAGGGCAGCCAUGUAAGUUGAGAGCAGAAUCGUUAUGUUCAGCUCCGAAUCUUAAAUUUGUGAGAAUUGUUAGCUCCAGAGAAUGGACGGAGGUGGAUCUUGAUGGGUUCAUUACCCAGUUGCCGUUUCUUUCUAAGUUGGAAAUCCUUCGCAUUUUUUUGGGAUUUGAUUCUCGUAUGGAACUCCGCCUUAGUUCAUCCCCUUGCCGGAACAGUUUGAAGGUUAUAGAUAUUCGUGGGAGAUGUAACUUGAAUAUAGAAUCACCAUCUGCAGCUCCCAAUCUCAGAGUUUUGAAACUUGGCGUCCCCUUGGGAUUUACGCAGAGCCAACUUGAUGGUUUGGUUUCCAAUUUGCCAUCUCUUGAGUCUCUUUACUUGGAGAUCAACCAUGAUGGCAGCAGCAGCAGCAGCAGCGGCAGGGGAAUGACUAAGAUGAGGGUUUCGCCUCAUCGGCGGCUUCGAGUGUUGGAGUUGCAUGACUACUACGGGACAGAGGCAUUGGAGGAGCUUGAAAUUGAUGCUCCUAAUUUGGUUCAUGCCAGGUACAGUGGAAGUGGGUUCAGGUUUCCUGAGAAGAUUAAUGUUCUACAUGUGCCAUCUGAUUGUCAAUUCAUAGUUGAAGGGCAGUGUGACCAUAUUGCUGAAACACGCUUGACACACGAAUCGUUUCUUGGAUUGCGGCAUUCUCUCUCAGCAUUGAGUCGAUUUCACCUGGUUCUGCUGUUGCGUGGCUUAGAUCUGUCACAAGAGGUAUCGGUACUUCCGAAGAAUCAUUGUCUGUCUUCCUUUGCUAACGGUAGUUUUCAGUACAUGUCGAUAGUUACACCUUCAUUCAUAUGCUUCACCCCUUUCUGUUGAAUUCAGGUUUCUUUCGAUCUGAGUCGAGCUGAAAGUACAUCCCCUCCUCUGAUAAUUCAAUAUUUGCGUAUUGAGAUCUCAUUACGGAGAUGGACCAAAGUUCGGUAUGGUGCUACUUUUCUCGAUGGUUUGUUCUGGGCUUGCCGCCCUAAACUCGUAUCUGUAUCUGAGUGUUAUGAUGGGAUCGCCGUCUUGCCUAAGUUUAUUCCAGAGCAAAUUCAGAACAAAGACAUUGCUGCUAAUUGUUGUUAUGGCGCUAAGUGUUGGCGACAUCACCUUAGGAAUGUGAAGAUGGAGACGGUAAUACAUUCGAAGAUUUGGUUUGAGUUGACAUGGUGUUAACUACCCAUACCUACACUUCAGUAGGGAUGGCAACAGAUUGGGAUGGGGCUGGUUUUCCUAUAUGCUGUUCCUGAACCACGGUUCUAAAAUCC